GCCAGCCUCCCCCCCCCCUUAAGGAGACCGUUAUCAAGGCCACAAUUUGGACAAAUCUUAAUGUGUCAGAAUAUCAUAUACCCUCAACCUGUACAUAUAUUUUCCAAUAUAGUUUUUGAUAAUUAUUUAUUUUAAAACCAUUUUAGAUGUUGUUAUCAAAGAAGACAUACCACUUUCUGGACGAAAUGAUCUCCAAAUCAAAGUAAAAGAGAAAGAUUCUGGGUCUGAGCAAGUGGGUGUUGAUGAUGGUAAAACCACCAAUGAUGGAAUGCAAAUAGCUCAAACUAAAGAUAUCAUACAACUAGGGAUACAAUAUGAUAUAAAAAGCUUUUCUUCAAAGCACAAACAUAAUUUGCGUAUGAAAGAUUUUAAGAUGUUCAAUGAUACUGAGUUUAAAUAUAUGAUUGAUAAUAAUUACACUCCAGCUGUCUAUUAUCCAGGGUUUUUUUUUACAACGUACGCUUCAUGUGUAUUCCAUUAUUUCAGAGACUUAUUUGAAAUUCAAAAAGAUUAUUUGCAAAAUUUGUCUUAUAACACGCCACUUCGUGCACUGUCCGACCCUGGUGACAGUAAAUCUAUAUUUUAUCUCACACAGGAUGGUAAAUUUAUCAUAAAAUCCUUACAGUCAGCCAAAUUUCAAUCUAUUCGAAAACUGCUUCCUAAAUACCGCUUACAUAUGGAAGAAAAUCCGAGAUCUCUGUUGCCAAAGUUCUCGGGUCUUUAUGGUUAUAAAUGCAAUACUAUAGACAUGAAAUUAGUAUCUAUGAUUAAUUUACUGCCUUCUAACAUUAAAAUGCACCUAAAGUAUGAUCUGAAAGGUUCGACUUACAAAAGAACAGCUUCCAGAAAAGAAAAACUUAAGCCAUCGCCUACAUUUAAAGAUUUAGACUUUGACGAUGAGUAUCUUAAUAAUAUAUUUUUAAUGCCAAAUACUCUCUCAGAUCUUCUCAAAACUAUCAAUAAUGAUAUUGAUUUUCUAAAAAAAUUAAAUAAAACAAAUUACAGUCUUUUAUUAGGCAUUCAUUUUAUCGAUGAAGGUACUUCUAAUUGUAGUCAGGCAGCUUCUGCCAGGUUUAAUCGUUUGAUGGUUGAUUCAAUAGGAAUGGAAAGCAUUCAAGAAGAUGCUGAAAGUUUUCCAAAGGAAAAUUGUCCUUCGUUAAGAGGUAGUAUACCUGCUAAAAGUGGAAGUGGUAGAAGAAUGCUACUAUUUGUUGGAAUUAUUGACAUACUGGAAGAGUAUGGAGCAUUGAAAAAAAUAGAGAAUACGUAUAAAACCCUUACAAUAGAAUUGACACCUGGUUUUCCACCAGAUGUCAGCUCUAUUUCUGUACAACCACCUGAUGCCUAUGCUACUAGAUUUAUAGAAUUUAUGACCAAUUUUGUCUUCAAGCCAAUUUUGACAAAUGAAGAACUUGGAGCACGAUCUAAGCAAAGUUUCAAAGCAGGGUCAAGCAAACGAUUGAAUGAUGACGACUUCGAUGAUACUUCGUGUAUAAGCUGCUUCAAACGAAAGAAAUCAUCAAGAAAUACCAUCAACAAAAAUGAUUUAAAUUAAGAUAUUAAGGUUUUGUACUAACAAUCGUAAAUCUGUCAUCAAAGAAUAG